AUGUUACGACGUGUAGUGCAGUGGAAGUCCCUUCUGCAUCUCAUGAAGGGAAAGGGAAGCAGAGACUUGGAGAAUGAUAAUCUCAGCAGGGAGUCGAAACCUUUCAGCAUAUAUUUUGGUCCAAAGGACUACUCUGCCAGACUUGCCAGUGAUCAGAUGCAACAGCUCUUAAGCUCUGCACAGGAGAUCCUUCUCCACAGCAAUAAUGGCCUGAAACAUUUAGCCACAAUGACCUUUGGAGAAUACAACCCAGCCACAGAAGAUCUUGCAAAUAGGAUGAACCAAAUCACGACAUAUUUGCAAUCCUAUCCUCCUGAUGUCAGAAACUCCAAACCCCAUCACCAUCCUUCUACAUCUUCUUGGCAAGCAUUGUCUAUUGAGAUGAGGCAAACCUUACCCCUUGAAUUUUCAUUAAAUGCCAGCAUCUACGAGUUGAUUCAGAAGUCUACUACCAAUGGAAGUCAGAGUCUCAUCUGCCUGUUCUCAAUGAUCACUAUCAUUCAUGAGCUUGCUCAUAUAGUGAUGUAUACCUUCGCCUCACAGGAUAUCUCUCCAAACAUAGAGAGGGUGAUGAUUGGGGGGGAAGCAUUACUGGCAACCUCAUCUGGUUUCACCAUCCAGACAGUUGACCCCUCCCACAUUAUCAUAGUUGUGGCAACAGCCAGUGGAGACGAUUGGAAAGUUCUUGAUGAAAAUACUGCCAACCUGACAGACAUUGCAUCUGGUAACUGGAGUCACAUCAGUGCCUUACCAAUACAGCCUUUUCCAUCUGGUUUCUCCCUUAUGAUAUUUUCUGAUGUGAAACCCCCUUCAUCCUUAGUGCCAUCAUCAUCUUCUUAUGAUGAUUAUGUUGUCUGGGUACCUCGGUCAGAUCCAAGUAAACCUGGGGUAAAAUAUUGA